UCGGGACCGUGCAUACGGAAAGUCGACUACAGAUUAGAACGAGAAGGUGCGUGUUGGCAGUACAAAUAAAUUCUCCUUUGAAUAGUGAUUGUGAAGUUACCACAAAGAAGGAAUCCAAAAUCCAACGUUGGACAUGGAACCCACAGAAAAUACUGCACUCAAAGAACAUGAUGGUCCAAAAAGUUCUUCGCCAGGGAGGAUGUCGCGGACACAGUUAUUUACAUUAAUAUCCAUUGGUUCUGUAAACUUUGGCUCAAUGAUUUGCUAUUCAAUACUUGGCCCAUUCUUUCCCAACCUGGCGUUACAGAAGGGAGCCAGCCAGACAGUCAUUGGUCUAAUAUUUGGCUGCUAUGCGCUAUGCAACUUUGUUGGUUCACUGCUAAUGGGAAAAUAUAUUGUCCAGAUUGGUGCAAAGUUCAUGCUGGUGUCAGGCCUGUUUGUGUCAGGUGGAUGCACUAUCAUGUUUGGAUUCCUUGACAGAGCUCCCUCGGGGACGGUGUUCAUCGCUCUCUGCUUCAUUGUGCGGAGCAUCGACGCCAUUGGCUUCGCUGCUGCCGCAACCUCUUCUGUCGCAUUGGCAUCUAAAGUCUUUCCAAACAAUGUAGCGACUGUCUUGGGUAGUUUGGAGAUGUUCACCGGACUGGGUCUCAUUCUGGGGCCUCCUUUAGGAGGCUGGCUGUACCAGGCUUACGGAUAUGAGCUUCCCUUCCUUGUUCUGGGCUGUAUCCUACUGCUGAUGGUUCCAUUCAACAUCAUCGUCUUGCCCAGCUGCACUGCGGAGCCCUCUGAGAAUUCCUUUUUGCAAUUGCUGAAAGUCCCCAAAGUAUUGCUCAUCUGCUUCUUCAUGUUCAGCUUAAGCUCAGGCCUGGGCUUCCUGGACACUACCUUGUCCCUGUUCGCGAUUGAGAAGUUCGGUCUUACCCCGGGCUAUGUGGGCCUCCUCUUCCUGGGGUUCUCCUUACCUUACGCUUUAAUAGCGCCUGCCCUCGGUUUCUUUGCUGAUAAAUAUCCUGCAACAAGAAGUUGGUUCAUGAUUCUCGGUGGCCUUCUCACUGGGCUCGGCUUCUGUUUUCUUGGUCCAGCACCGUUUCUCCACAUUAGCAGCCAGCUGUGGUUGUUGAUCUUCAUGCUGUGUGUGAUUGGCUUUGGUUUGGGCGCAGGUUUCAUGCCCUGCUUACCAGAGAUCAUUUCAGCAGCCUAUGAACAGGGCUUUGAAGAAGGACUUAGCACUCUGGGAAUGGUGUCUGGACUCUUUGGGGCCUGUUGGUCCAUGGGGAUAUUCUAUGGACCCAUGAUGGGUGGCUUCCUCACCCAGCAGCUAACCUUUGUGUGGGCGGCAACCAUCCAAGGAGGGCUUUCAGGUUUGGCUACCACGCUACUUGGGAUUUUUUAUCUCUAUGCAAGUUUCAAGAAGCACAGUGUUGCACAGGUAUCUGUAAACGAUAGUCCCGGAGACAGAGACAGGCUUCUGGCCUAACCAACAGCUGAAGAAGACUUUGAUGGGGUGUUAGAAGCCUGACUGGAUAGGCCAGACCUUUUGGUUCCAACCUGCGGUGACCUCCACAACCUACCGGUCCAACGACACCCACUGCCGUCUAAGCUUCAGAUAGUAGUCGUGGUUUCGUAUCGGACCCUCGGAUAGCAAUACUAAAUUAUUUUUUACUAAUUGUAUUAUUAUUAAAUAAUUAGGACAAUGGAAAAGGGAGAUUUGAUCUGGUA